AUGGACCCGAGACUAGUAACGGACAGAAGAGGGAAAAGAUUCCUCCCUAAGAAGCGAUUUCGCAAGAUUUUGCGCAACAACAUAGACGGAAUCACCCGCCCCUCGAUCCGUCGUCUUGCCCGCCGCGGUGGCGUCAUUCGCAUUAGCGCUGAUGUCUAUCCUGAAGUCCGCAAGACUGUCAAGAACCGCCUAACUGAGAUAAUCCGGCAAAUUCUUCUGGUAAUGGAAUCCUCCACCACUCCUGGCCACGAACGCAAGGUAUGUUUUCGAUGA